CGAUCAGAGAGGAUUAGAGGAGGUGUGCUGAUCACAUCGUGAGAAGUAUUCGAGAGUCUUACUAAACGCGCUAUCACUGUGCCUAGUAUUCCGGAUUGGAUUUGAUACAUUCAUUUCAUUUUGUGAGAGUCCAUCCUUCCUGCACAGUAAAUAAAGGAUCCCUUUGGAGAGGGAGUUCCGGAGUGUACCGUUUGCUCGAGGUCUUAUUGCCCCUAUUUGCUAUCAUGCCGCUCCUGGAGUUGAGGCAGAACCGGAUUCAGAAGACCUGGUUGCCCAUGGGCGAUGCGCCAAGGACGCCGAUCAAUGUGGGUGGGCCACAUCUUGCCAACUCUCCGACUGUGAUUGUAAUGGUUGGUUUACCAGCUCGUGGAAAGACCUACAUCUCAAAGAAGCUUACACGUUACCUCAACUGGAGUGGAGUCCCUACAAAAGUUUUUAAUGUUGGCGAGUACAGACGAGAAGCUGUAAAGGAUUUCAGUUCAUAUGACUUCUUUCGCGCAGACAAUCAAGAAGCCAUGAAAGUCAGAAGACAAUGUGCCGUUGCUGCCUUAGAAGAUGUUAAAUUAUACCUGACUGAAGAAGGUGGACAGAUAGCUGUCUUUGAUGCCACUAAUACAACCAGAGAGAGAAGAACAAUGAUUACUGACUUUGCCAAAGAAAACGAUUUUAAAGCAUUCUUCAUAGAAUCUGUGUGUGAUGACCCAAGUGUUGUUGCCAGCAAUGUGAUGGAAGUGAAACUGAGCAGUCCAGACUACAAAGGUUGUCCAUCAAAAGAAGCAAUGGAAGACUUCAUGAAAAGAAUCAACUGCUACAAAAAAAGCUAUGAACCUCUUGAUCCAGACAGCCAUGACAAGAACCUGUCCAUGAUUAUUGUGAUUGAUGUUGGUCGAAGAUUUUUGGUCAACAGGAUUCAGGAUCAUAUCCAGAGCAAGAUUGUCUAUUAUCUAAUGAACAUCCAUGUUCAGCCGCACUGUAUCUAUCUGUGCCGUGCUGGCGAAAGUGAAUACAACAUCAAAGGGAAGAUUGGUGGAGACUCCAGUCUAUCACCCCGGGGAAAAAAGUUUGCUAUUGCACUCAAGAAAUACAUUGAGGAACAGAACCUGAAAGAAUUGAAAGUGUGGACGAGUCAACUAAAGAGGUCUAUUCAAACAGCAGAAGGACUGACUGUGCCUUAUGAGCAGUGGAAAGCGCUAAACGAAUUGGAUGCUGGAGUAUGUGAGGAUAAAACCUAUGAAGAAGUUAAAGAGCUUUAUCCUGAAGAAUAUGGUCUACGUGCUCAGGACAAAUAUCAUUACCGCUACCCUUCAGGAGAGUCAUACCAAGAUCUGGUUCAGCGCCUGGAACCGGUUAUCAUGGAGCUGGAGAGACGUGGAAAUGUCCUUGUCAUUUGUCAUCAGGCCGUGAUGAGAUGCCUGUUGUCCUACUUCCUUGACAAAUCUGCAGAUGAGAUGCCCUAUCUAAAGUGCCCCUUGCAUUCGUUGCUGAAACUGACUCCACUGGCUUAUGGGUGUCGUGUGGAGACUGUCAAUUUCAAUGUGGAAGCUGUGAACACUCACAGAGAGAGAUCAGUGGAGGAUUUCAAGAAGGGUCCUAAUACUCUAAUGAGACGCAAUAGUGUUACCCCUUUUGCUAGUCCUGAGCCGAAUAAAAAAGCUCGAGUCAAUAGCUUUGAUGAGUUGGGUGCUUCAGCAUCUGCUUCAGUACUAUAUUGUGCAUGCCAAGAACCACCCACUGUACAAGCUGGACAGGGUGUAAGUGAUGUUGCUGCAGAAGAAGCCCCUGUAUCAUUCUUUAUCGGAUCAUGAAUGACAUUGAUAAAUGAUAGACAUUACCAACAACAGGACAGCUGUUCUUUACAUUCCACACUUCAUUGAGAACUUUCUUUUUUUUUUUUUUUCUGAUGGUUCCAAUCCGCAGCUGUUUAUUUUUGAACAAAUUUGGAUUUUAGUGGACAAACGAUUUGCCACUAAUGGA